CGUGCCAGGUUAGAGUUCAGAAGUUGAAACCAUCAACAGUUAAAGAGUCUGAGCCUGUGACCAUUCGAUGCUUCACGUCAAGGACAUGUGGAUCACACCCAGAGUUCACAGGGCUUGGUCAGACCGUAAUGCCUGUUCACACCAACGAGGUUAACCGUAGAAGCAGUGCGGUUAGCUUUAAUGCUAGCUGGCAGGAUGAUGGGAGGGUGCUCUCCUGUCAACCACAGGGGACCAAAGACCAGUGUGUGAGGAAGAGCAUCGAGCUGACGGUUGAAUAUGCCCCUAAGGAGACGAAGGCUGUUGUAGAUGUGUCAAAUGUCAAGGAAGGACAGACUGUCACCCUCACUUGUUCCAGCAGAGGGCACCCCAAUGCUACCUACUCCUGGUUUAAAGACAGUCAAAAGACCAAAUUCAGUGGAACAGAAUUGUUGAUCCGAUCUAUCACAUCUACACAGGGCGGGAAUUACUACUGCAAAGCUGUAAACCAACAUGGGACCCACGACUCAAACGUUGUUACAAUAAAUGUUAAAUAUGCUCCUGUCGGAGUGCACAUUGAAACAUAUAAGGAUCUCUCUACAAUCAAAGAAGGAGAUCAAAUCAAAUUAACUUGCAUGGUGCAGCAAAGCAACCCUGAAGUGCGUUCAUGGUCUUGGUUCAAAGACAACAACAAAAUAACCAAUGCUUUAAAGGAGUACACCUUCAGCAGUGUACAGCCAAAGGACAAAGGUCGUUACUCCUGUGAGGCGAGGAAUGAUGUUGGCAGUAGAAGGUCAUCAUCAAUAUAUGAGAUAACGGUUUCUUAUGUUCCAAGAGGCACUCACAUCACCCAAAGCGGAGGUUACCACGGCAACCAGGUGAAGGCAGGCUCUCAGCUAUAUCUCACCUGUGAGGCUGAUGCCCAUCCUGCCCCCGGUGUCUACACCUGGUACCAUCGUAGUGGAGUAUUACCACAGAGACUACGCUCCCUCACAGACCACACACAGGCCCUAUCCUGGGUUAGGGUGGGCGUAACAGACGAGGGGUGUUACAUGUGUAGGGCCACCAAUGACAUCGGCACGGGACAGAACAGCAGCAUGUCAUGCUUCAGUGUUCUAUAUGGCCCAACCAAACCAGUGCUUUCGAUGGUGCGUACGGCCCAGGAGGGCCACCUGGUUAGUAUCAACUGCACUGUGCAGAGUUUCCCAGACUCUCUGCUCACUCUGACAUGGACUCCCCGUCCCUCUGUCUCACCUAUGUCUAGCUCCCUUCUUCAAAUGCAGCCUCAACCAGUUCUUGGGUUCCUCCAACAUUCUACCAAUGUUGUCUGGGGUUCUUUUAAUGUUACAUUCCUGCAAGGAGGGGUUUACACCUGUAGAGCUCAGAACUCUGAGGGGAAGAACAGCACAGAGGAGGAGCUGGAGAUUACAUACAGCCCCAAAAAUGUGAUGGCCUCUGCUCACCCUGACACGGUCCUGACUGAAAACAGCCAGCUGGUUCUUACCUGCACGACUCGUUCCAACCCCCAUGCCACCAACUACACCUGGAUCCAGAUCAGCGCAGGAGAGACCAGGAUAGUGGGGCUGGUCCAGAAGUUGACGGUGAUGUCCACAACCCCAUCCCAUAGUGGACUGUACAGGUGCACUGCCCAGAACCCCUUAGGAACUGGGAAAUCCCAACAGGUUGACGUUAAAGUCAAGUAUGCUCCAAAGCUCACAGAGGUCAUUCACAACAUGACCAAUAGGUGGCAGAGUGAUGGAGGGAGCCCUGUGGCACUGACCUGCCACAGUCACAGUUACCCCCCUGUCGACAGCUACAAGUGGUACAGGCUGGUCGAGGAAAGGGAGCAUUUCAUUAUCAAUCACCAGAACAUCACUGUUCACCCAGACAAGCCCGGGACGUACUACUGUGUCGCCAUCAAUAGCAUGGGGGGGAAAGAAUCUGGAAGAGUCAAGCUGUUUCUCAACCGAAGUGUCUUCCAUGUCCUUUCUCUCGUCCUUCCUUUCUGCUGUGUUCCGCUUCUUCUUUUACUCAUCUUUCUGGUCUACAGACACAAGAGAAUCAAAUCGAUCCAGCAGGGGACAUCAAAUAAACUGCCAUGUUGUGUUCACUUUGGUUUUCUGGGCUGGCGUAAUGGAACAAGUGAGAACCUGGUGAGUGAAGGGGGUGCAGCGGCAUCAGACCCCCCGGGGAGCAGCAGAGAUCAGCUGUGGCCAGACGGCCCGUACCACCCAGAGCCUCUGCCCCAACCGCAGCAUCCCCAUCCCAGCAGGACGUUGUGUCCAAACAGCACGUCGACCUCUGACAUAUACACUGCAUACAGUGUUCUGAAGGUACCAGGUGGAAAGCAGGGUCUUUCACCAAGCCAUCCAAUCAGAAACAAAGAUGAACACACUGGACAAACGCAGGAACCUGAAGUCAACUAUGCCUCGCUGCAAUUCAGGGGCCAGGAGAUGGGUAGCUUGGGUCCUAGAGACCAAGCGAGAGAGAGCGACGUCUAUGCUAAGGUUGGCAAGCCAAAGCUGAAGGAAAAGACUAAUAAGUGCAAUGACUACGAGAACAUUAAGGAAGUGUGUGUUUCGAAGCCCCCCAUCGAGCCAAACAUGGACAAGGAGACAGGGAGCAGUGAGGAGGACGUGGCGAUCAGCUACUCUGAGGUCAUGUUCAGAGCAAACCCAGGACACCAGACAGUCUGUAGUUCUGACCCUCGCCACCGCAGGGCAGGCCACAGCAGCAGCUCAGAUGAAGAAGACUACACAACCCAGUACUCUGAUGUUAAAAUAUAAGAGGAAGUUUCAUUCAUAGUCCAAAAAAAGUAUUAAGGUUUGUUUGUAAAUAUUUGUAUCACAACUACAGUACCAGUCAAAAGUUUGGACACACCU